CAGACGGUGUGCGCGGACGGGGCUUGCUACAAGAUGGCGCACUUUCACGACGUGUCCAGCCGCGUCGACUUCCAGGAGGCGGAGCUGGCCUGUCGCGUGGACGGCGGCGCGCUCGUCAGCAUACGCACCGCCGCCGAACAAAAUCGCAUCGAGACGCUGCUGGAGGACUUGCGUUCCGGCUCGGGAAUCUCGGACGGAGAUUUCUGGAUCGGUUUGACCCGGACGGAGGGCGAGGAGCGCGACGGCGCUUCCUGUCCGCAACGUUACAGGUGGAGCGACGGCAGCGCGGCGUCCUUCAGGAAGUGGUACCCGGACGAGCCCUCGUGCGGCGCCGAGUCCUGCGUGGUCAUGUAUCACCAGCCGGGGGCGCUUCCCGGAGCGGGCGGGGCUUACCUCUACCGAUGGAACGACGACCGCUGCUCCAUGAAGCAUAAUUUCAUCUGCAAAUAUCCGGACGAAAGCCGUCAGGAGGAGGAGGAGCAUGGCGACGGGGGGCGGGGCGCAGGCAGGCCGCUGCUGUACGUGAGCCUGCCCGCCGUCCCGCUGGUGCUACUGAUGGCGGCGGCGGCCGCCACCGGUUGUUGCCGCGCGCUCGGCAGGAGACCGUCGGCGACGCUUUGGAUCUCCGAGACGCCCGAAGGCGACGUCGCCCCGACGGGACCCAGCGUCACGUUCCCGCCUCGCUGA